AUGUGGAAAACUCAUUCAAAACAUAAAAAGUUAUGUGAAGAAUGGGCACUGGCAGAAUGCGAAGGCGAGGGCUGGUGGCGCGAAGCUCGCGAGGGAAGCGGACAAAGUGACGUGCGGUACGCGGGCGUGGCGCCGGUAGAGCGCGCCGCUUCUGCUCCCGCUACUGCGCUCGCUGUUCGCUCAGCUCUGCAUACCGUUAAAACUUCGAAUAAAAAGUUGCAAAGGGUGAGCCUGGAUAUCAGUGCCAAGGGGAUUUUGGUCACCGACGUCGACUCGCAGGAAAGCGUCUUAAGUGUAUCAAUAUACAGAAUAUCGUACUGCUCGGCGGACGCUGCCAACGCGCGCGUGUUCGCUGUAGUGGAGGGCACGAACACGAACGGCGCCGACGAGAGCCACGUGGUGCACGUGUUCGUGUGCGCGCGCAGGAAGCAGGCGAGGGCGCUUGCGUUGUCACUCGCGCACGCUUUCAAUGACGCAUACCAGGCAUGGCAAGCAAACCAAGGCACCUCUCUUCAGUCUAAUGGGAAACGAUUAGCACCCUGGGUUAGAUUCCCCGAUGAGUCGGACGAAGAAGCGGACAGUGAACAUUGGAAGUCACCUGCUCCGCUUGUCACAUUUGCUUGA